CAGAGAAGCAGAUAAGGCGUCUUCGCUCCGCUUCAACGUCUCGCUUCUAUCCUUCCUUCCAUCCAUGACUUCUCUGUAAAUCACUCUCUCUCUCUCUCUCGCUCGCUCGCUCUUCUCUUCCCCGCCGAUGGCCUCCAAUGUUCUUCCCCAGGCGUUGGUCGCGAUUCCUAGAGGCGCUACUCGCCACUGCGGUCCUCGGAAGAUAGGGUUCUCCGCGCUCGUGUCCGGCUCCGGCGGAUCCUCUAGGACCAACCCUAGUCGCGGGUGUUUGCUCUCUAAGGCUUCGUUCGGCUCCGGCGGAUUGAGCAGUCCGGUGAUCGCGGCCCUUUCGAAGCGGAGUUUUGUGGUUAGAGCUGAACCGGAGCCGGAGCCGGAAGCCGAAGUUGUUGCUGCCGGCGAAAGCGGAGAGGAGAAUGCUGAAGCGGCAGCUGCCAGCGUUGAGGAAGCUGCCGAAGCGGCGGUAGCCGAGGAGGAAGUCGCGGAAGUGAAGCCUCCAAGUAAGCCGAGGGUUAAGCUUGGCGAUAUUAUGGGGAUAUUGAACAAAAGAGCAGUUGAGGCAUCUGAGAAAGAACGGCCGGUUCCAGACAUCAGGACUGGAGAUAUAGUGGAAAUUAAGCUGGAAGUGCCUGAAAAUAGGCGCAGAUUGUCUAUCUAUAAAGGCAUAGUCAUUUCAAGACAAAAUGCCGGCAUCCACACGACCAUUAGAAUUCGGAGAAUUAUUGCUGGCAUUGGGGUCGAGAUUGUAUUCCCGCUGUACUCACCCAACAUCAAGGAGAUAAAAGUUGUUAAGCACAGGAAGGUCAGGAGGGCUAGGUUGUACUAUCUCAGGGACAAGCUUCCCAGGCUCUCCACAUUUAAAUGAAGAACUUACAAUCCUGUCUCCACUCUUUGGUUCUUCACAAUUCAAAGGAGCUUUUUUCUUUUUUUGCCUGCAAAUGGUAUUAGAACGGCCUCCUAAUUUUUUUGUUUGUUUGUAUGUUUUGAUCCUGUAUUUCCAUUGUUGUGUAUCAUGGAGAGAAGGAGAAUAUCAGUGUACUAAUGAUUAGGAAUGUGUAAUUUCUACAUCUCUUCUUGUGCUGUU